AUGGAGCGAAAUGAGGAAAUAGAAGAAUCCGUUGUGAAAGUAGAAAAAGUGGUAGAAGCACAAGAAGCAGAAGAAAAAGAUCAAGAAGAUGAACAAAAAGCUGAUGAUAAUGAACAGGUAGAAGGAGAAAAACAGGAUCAAGAGCAACAACUAAAUCAAAUCGAAGUAAAAGAAGAUGAGGAGAGCGAUAUAGAUACCAAAGAAUAUUGGGAGAUAUUCUUGAGCUUGCCAGAAUAUUCGAACUUGAUUCUAAGUACCCCAAAAUUGUUGGACGAAGAUGUUGCUCAUUCGACCGAUAUAGAAAUCGACAAUAAUAAUUGUAUACUAGAAUAUAUUAUGGGAUGGGUUCUCACUUAUGAGAAAGAUUUGGUGAGACACUCACAGCUCCAAGAUAAAACGCCCGUGGAAAUGAUUGGAAUCCAAGUUUGCCUUAACGUCCUUGCCAGAUAUCAUAAAGGGGAACAUAUCACGUUUUACGAGUUUCUUCUCGAAUUCUCAGAUGUCUUCAGCAAAGCUCUGAAUGAUCCCGGUGAUAAAAAGGAGAGCUAUUUUGCGGCCAUGGAGUCUGAUAUCCUUCGUCCUCAUCACAGUCUUGAUGGAGGAUAUAAACGUAUUUUAUGUCCAAUCGAUCAACUUGUUUUUCGGACGUUUGAAAUUGUUGAAGACGACCCACGCUAUUAUAUGAAGUCUGAGUUUGAAAUUGAACAAGAGCUUAUAGCUGAAAUGAGAGCAAGAGGGGAAAUCGAAGUGGAACCGAUCAAAAUUAUUAUCGAUGAUUCCGAUACGGACGAUGAAGUUGAAAGCGACAAGGAUGUUCCUACAUCUUCUACUGCUGCAAAAAAAGAGGCAACGAAUGAGCAUGUGUUGCCGAGUUCGGUCAAGAGAAAAACGGAAACAUUUGAAAAACCCGAAGACAAUUUGGCCAUCAGUAAACGCAUGAAAAGAAACGAUCAAUAG